AUGGCCGCCGCCAACGCCCAGCGCGCGCGCGAGCAACAACAAGCUACUGCCGCUGCCGCUGGAGCCGGUUCCCGCAUGUCUGCUCCGCCCCAACUUCACUCCUCCAAUAACAACCACAGUAACUCCCUAGCCCCGCCUGGCGGAAUGACUGGCGCAGCAGCCAUCGGCGCCUUUGGCUCCCUCGGAACCAUUCGUCGCGGGAAGAGUAUCAUGAUGUCUCGCAACCUGGGAACUAUGCGCCAAGCGAAACUGGAGAAACGCAAAGAGGCCCAGGCCGAUCCGUCAGAUGAUAUGAUUCUGCGUAUCCUCCGCAUGAGGCCUGAGGCUGCGCAUUAUUUGAAGGAAAGACAUCGGCAGAAGGAGAGGAUGGCGGCGGCGGCGGCGGCUGCCAUGAUUGUGAGGCAGAGCGUGAAUCAGAAGUUUGGUGGUGGUGGAUUCGAUAAUGGUGGAGGAGGACUGAGGGUGAAUAAGCGGCAGAGUGUGGUGCCGCCGGUGCCCAAGUUGCCGUUUGGGGCGGGGACGUCGGGGGGACAGGUUAUUGGUGGUGGACAGUUUGGGAGGGGUGGGAGGUGAGUAUGUGAGUAUGUGAGUGUGAGUAGAACGGAUUUGUGAUGAUACGAGGGGGAUGGAUGAUGGAGAGGCAGAACGAAAGAUGAUGGAUGAUGAUAAAGGAAGGAAGG